GCUGGGAGGUGGAAACCAGGCGGGGACUGUUGCCCGGCGACGCUCCGGCGCUGGGUCCCCGAGGCCCGGCCCCUCCCCGGGAGGAGGUGGGCUUCGAGUCACGUGACCCGUGCCCUACGGGAGGGGUGCGGUCGGGGACCCGGCAGGAGGCGGCCGAGAAGAGAGGACCGUGGGGGCGUUCGCGUGGCUCCCAGCCCGGGACCCCACCCCCGCUGGACAGUGGGGGAAACUGAGGCCUGAGCGGGCCCACAGAGGACCAUGAAGGUGCUUCUCCUCACAGGGCUGGGGGCCCUGUUCUUCGCCUAUUAUUGGGAUGACAACUUUGACCCAGCCAGCCUCCAGGGAGCGCGAGUGCUGCUGACAGGGGCCAAUGCUGGUGUUGGUGAGGAGCUGGCCUAUCACUACGCGCGUCUGGGCUCCCACCUGGUGCUCACUGCCCACACUGAGGCUCUCCUGCAGAAGGUGGUAGGGAACUGCCGGAAGCUGGGCGCCCCCAAGGUCUUCUACAUCGCGGCGGACAUGGCCUCCCCUGAGGCGCCCGAGAGCGUGGUGCAGUUUGCGCUGGACAAGCUGGGCGGGCUGGACUACCUCGUGCUGAACCACAUCGGCGGCGCCCCGGCCGGCACGCGAGCCCGCAGCCCCCAGGCAACUCGCUGGCUCAUGCAGGUAAACUUUGUGAGCUACGUGCAACUGACGUCGCGGGCGCUGCCCAGCCUGACAGACAGCAAGGGCUCCCUGGUGGUGGUGUCCUCGCUGCUCGGCCGCGUGCCCACGUCGUUCUCCACUCCGUACUCGGCGGCCAAGUUUGCGCUGGACGGCUUCUUCGGCUCCCUGCGGCGGGAGCUGGACGUGCAGGACGUGAACGUGGCCAUCACCAUGUGCGUCCUGGGCCUCCGAGAUCGCGCCUCCGCCGCCGAGGCAGUCAGGGGAGUCACGAGGGUCAAGGCGGCCCCGGGGCCCAAGGCAGCCCUGGCCGUGAUCCGCGGCGGCGCCACGCGCGCGGCCGGCGUCUUCUACCCGUGGCGUUUCCGCCUGCUGUGCUUGCUCCGGCGCUGGCUGCCGCGCCCGCGGGCCUGGUUUAUCCGCCAGGAGCUCAACGUCACGGCCGCGGCUGCAGCCUGAGCACCGGGGGGUGCCCCUCCAGUCCCAGACGGCAAUGUUCCUCCCUCCAACUGUCCCUGGAGCCAGAACACUCACAGAGACACCCCUGAGAGGGUGGCCACAGCCCAAAAUGAAGUCAUCAAGACAGAAAAGCAAAACCGAGAAAAACGACGGGCACCUGGAACCAGUCACGGCUUGGGAGGUGCAGGUGCCCCGUGUUAGGCGCCUUUGUCGGGGACUUGCAAGGCCUCACCUGUUUGGCCAUGAUUGAUGACGUGACUGCUUCCAUUUUGCAGAUGAGGAAACUAAGGCUCAGAGAGGCCACGCCACCCUUGAGCCACCCAUGGACCCCUCUCCAUCUCCUGCCUGCGCCUCUAAGUCUCUGAUUUAUUCUUUCCAUUCAUUCCAUCUGGGAGGAACCCCCCCAACUCCUGCCAGCUUCCCCUAGCUGGGGUCUCUGGUACUCUUCACACCUGCAGGGGCGUCUACACUGUUCGUCUACCUGGUGGCAGGGUCUGAGCGGGAGGAGGAGGGAAAGAGUGUGUUCUGAGCUGGACCCAGCCUCUUGUUCAAGAAUAAAAACUCUUCUUCUCUUGCA